UACUGUGUCCGAUGCUAAAUAUUGAUCGUAUGGAAUAGGUGGAUUUGGGUCACGUUAAAAUGAGUAAUAAAAUGCUAACUACAAUUACUCAACGUGAAAAAUACGAGUUAAUUAACUCAGAAGUGCGUUCCUUUUAUGAGUAUUGUAAAGAAGCAGGAAUAACUGAUGAGGAAAUGGAUAUCAUCUGUCGCCCAUUAACGAAUGCUGUACGUAAGGCAUCGAUCAAGCGAUGGACAAGAGUGUUUCUUGUCCUAGUAAUGAUCAUAGCCAUUGGAUAUACUGUGAGCCAAACAGACACCUUCCAAUGGCACGCCACAGCAUUAGCAAGAAUGACAUUGAUAAAAAUACUCCCCAUUUGGGACUGGACACCCCUCUACUAUAAUAAAUGCCUAAUAGAAAGAUCUCAGCCCUCAACUCUCGAUGAUGACCUCGUCACUCCUGCUGAUUGUAUUACUUGUGAAGCUAUAAAAAACAUCGUUCGAGUAUCCGACACCAGCUACAACGAAGUCUUCAACCAUCAUCUUUUGCGAGGUGCUCCAGUCAUCGUCACCGAUUCUUACUUAGACUGGUCGUCGCCAGAGCUGAACCUCACAAGCCUUAUCAGUGACGACACACGUCUCCGGUACUCAGUUCCCUGUAGAAUUCUCACCAAUAUCCGGAUUGGCAAGCAACCAAUGGACUUAGAGGAAGUACUAUCUAGGAUCAUCAACUCUGAUAUACCAAGCUGGUUUGUUCAUUUCCAGAAUUGCGAUAUCAGAGCUGUAAAAUCAUUUAGAAUAUUAGCUCCUCGUCCAUACUUCUUAUCACCUCACAUCCCACCAUCACAUUUCAAUUGGCUUUUGCUAUCAAAUAAUUAUGAUACUUAUAGAUUCAAGUACCUAGAACUGGAUAUUGGACUGAUAAUUAUGUCUCAAUUGAAGGGCAAAACCUAUAUACAAUUACGGCCAAGAGUCCCUUGUGAAGAGGUCUGUUUUUCACUUAAUGUGGAACUGAAUGAGGGGGAAACUUUGGUUUUGAGUAACUCUCUGUGGGAAAUGGAAUAUCUGCCGGGCAAGGGGUAUAAUGUAGCAAUGAUCACUGAGACGGAUUGGCUUGAAACAUAAUAUCAUAUUAUGAGGCAUGUGAAAAACAUUUACUACUUGACAUUCAACAUGUUUCUUCUGCUUUAUCAUAAAUAUAUAUGCAUUAUGCUUUAAAUUUAUUAAUAAUAUUAAUUAUAGAUAUCUAUAAUAAAAUACUGGAUUUAAUUAUAAUUCAAAAUACACUUUAACAAUAUAUUAUAUGUAUGUAUGCAUAAUGUACAUCAUUGUAUACAAUAUAAUCUGUUCUAUAUUAGCCAAUCUUUAUGGUAUAUGUCAUCAGUAUGAAAGCUUUAAUUAAAACAUAUUUUAUUUCUAAUGAUUGUUAAAUAUUUCAAUUGUAAUUCAUAAAAUUUAAUUAAUACUUUUAAUGUAUUAAAAAUAUCAUCGUAUUAAUGUUAUACCUGUAGCACAUUUUCUUGUAUUGACAUUGCUAUCAAAUGUAUCCUUGCAUAUCAAAUGUAAUUUCAAGCGUAUUUAUUAAUGUUAUGAAUUAGAUAUUGUAGUUAAAUAAAUCACUUCUAGUUAUAAUUCGCACAUAUAUGGCGAUGCCACAAAAAUAAAAAGUAAUUCUCAAUAAUAAAUCUAUAUUAGUUCAUGCCAUAAUAUUGAUCAAAUAAUUAAAUAGCUUGAAGAGAAUUGUUAUAAAUCAACAGAACUUUUUUUUUUAUAUAACUAUACAAUAUAAACAUAUUUCUCGUGUUGGUGUUGCCAUGUUUAGAUAAAUUAAUUAUAAAAUUAUAUUUAAUUGAAUAUUAACAAAUACCUCAAUAUAUGUUAUG